GAUGGGUGGAGAUGCUCUAACAUGCUCUUCUGAAAUUGACACCUGUCCAUUUCUCUUUCUCUCACUCACUCGCACCCACUUUAACAUUGUUUUCUUUUGUUUCUUUCUUUCUUGGUUUCUUUUUCUUCUUCUUAUUUUUUUUCUUUUUCUUUUCUUGUCCACUCCCUUUCUUGUUCUUUCUUCUUUUCAAGUCUUAAAUGCCCAGAUAUGAUUAAAUAGGUACAAAAAGAUUAAUAAAGAACCAAUAAAAGUUCCUUUUUCUUCCUUUUUUUUUUUCACUGAUUAUACUUUCUUUAAGCUGUUUAUAGCUUUCAGAUGGUAAGCAAGCAAAAGCAGACCCUUCAAAAUCUUGUUUCUCGAUUGUUUUAAUCAUCUUUGUCUGGCUAUUUAGAAAGAAAGUUGCUUUCUUUUAAUAAGAGAAAGAAAACAAAAAAGGGAGGAUUUUGAUAGUCGACAAUAUUACUCCUUGCCAGUGACUGCUUUUUUCUUUUACUUUUUGGCUUCUUUUCUUUUUCUUUGCAGAUUAAUUGCUGCAAUUAUUAGACAGCGAGAGAGAGAGAGAGAGAGAGAGAGAGAGAGUUAAUCUUUUACUAGUAGAGGCUAAGAUUUGUUGCCUCUGAUCCAGGAAAACUCUAGUAGAACAUGUGAAAAUGAGUGCCUUUCUCUUUAGGGUUUUCUUGUGAUUCUUGGGACUUCAUCUUUUUCCUGGGUUCUUUUCAUGACUCCUUUUUGUUUCUCUUUCUUGUGCUUCAAGAUAAUGGUUAGUUGAUGGAAGUAGAUGGAGAAGAUUCCAGAGAAGAAGAAGAGAAGCUGAUAAAGCCUAAAUAAUCAGGUCUAGCAGGGUUGUAAUUUCCAAAAAAUGGAAGCUUAGGUCUAUUCUUGUUGACCAGAUCUGCCUAUCCAUUUCCUGUUCACCACCUUUUAGCUCACCCAUAUCUUGCAUCUCCUAAAUUUACUUUUUGAUUUAGCUGUACUGUUUCAUCUUUUCAUAAAAAAAAAAAAGAAAAGUUUGAUAAAGGUAUGGAAAAUGGUCUUCUAACACCCACCAUUCACAUUCCAAAAUCAUUCUUGACAAGAGUUGUUGAUAACUUAGUUGUAUAAUGGCAGGUUGUAAGGUUUUAGAAGGGUUGGAGGGUAACUUUUUGUACUGCCUAGAUAGGGAUUUUGAUGGAGGAGAUUUUUUUGACGGUUGCAGUGCCAUUUAGAGUAGGUAAUUCAAUCUGUGAAAACCCAACCAUAGAUACCCAUUUGGAAAUCACAAGACUUAAGUUCAUGGCAGACACUGCAGCUGGCUUAUUAUCUGAUUCUGUAACUAAGAUUUCUACUGCUGGGGAUAAGGAUUGUAAUUGUAGUGAUUUAGGUGAUGAAGUUAGUGAUACUACAGUUGCAGUUCCAAAAGAGGACAAGGGGGAAGGAGGAGCCCCUUUGUUGGAUAUGGUUUCUGAAAAUAAAAGCAAUUGGGUAGUUAAUCAUGAUGUCAUAAACCAAGAAAGCGAUGAAGAGGAUUCCUUCUCGCUGGAGGGUGAUCCAAUUUUCGAUAGCUCGUGCUCUCUCUCAGUGGCUAGUGAGACAAGCAGCUUAUGCGGCGAGGAUUUCCUGGGUUUUGACGCCACCUCUGAGAUACGACCUCCAGGUUAUUUGGAUGUUGAGAAGAGCAUUUGCAAUGUUGAUAUUAUUGCUAAUGCCGUGGAUUCGGUGGAGUCCAAUGUUGAGGCAAAGGUUGUUAGUGAUUCUGUCGCUGUAGCUGUGAGCCUUGAAGAAGAGAUCGGAGAUGGGUCCAACCCGAAGACAUCUACUGUUGUACUUCAGUUGGCUCUGGAAAAAGGGGCGAGUGGAACAGUUCCACGCAGUGUUUUUGAGGUGGAUUGUGUGCCUCUCUGGGGAUUUACCUCUAUAUGUGGAAGGAGACCAGAGAUGGAAGAUGCAUUUGCAACUGUGCCUCAUUUUCUGAAAAUUCCUAUUCAAAUGCUAAUUGGUGACCGGGUGCUUGAUGGCGUGGGCAAGUAUAUAACUCAGCAGAGUGCACAUUUUUUCGCAGUGUACGAUGGUCAUGGAGGCUCGCAGGUUGCUAAUUAUUGUAGCAACCGUAUGCAUUCUGCUCUGGCUGAGGAGAUAGAAUUUGUUAAAAAUGGCCUGGGCAACGGAAGGGUGGUUAAUAGUUGCCAGGAGCAGUGGAAAAAGACGUUCACAAAUUGUUUUAUUAAGGUAGAUGCUGAAGUUGGAGGAAAGGAAAGUGCUGAACCAGUUGCUCCCGAAACGGUUGGUUCAACUGCUGUUGUUGCCAUUAUUUGUUCGUCCCACAUAAUAGUUGCAAAUUGUGGAGACUCUCGAGCAGUUCUAUAUCGGGGAAAAGAACCCAUGGCACUCUCAGUGGAUCAUAAACCAAACCGAGAAGAUGAAUAUGCAAGGAUAGAAGCAGCUGGAGGAAAGGUUAUCCCAUGGAAUGGGCAUCGUGUCUUUGGCGUCCUUGCAAUGUCAAGGUCUAUUGGUGAUAGAUAUUUGAAACCAUGGAUCAUUCCAGAACCAGAAGUGAUGUUUAUUCCUCGAACAAAAGAAGAUGAAUGCCUCAUUCUGGCUAGUGAUGGCUUAUGGGAUGUCAUAUCGAAUGAAGAGGCAUGUGAUCUGGCUCGGAGACGAAUACUUGUAUGGCACAAAAAGAAUGGUAGUGCACUUCCCACAAGGGGGGAUGGAAUUGAUCCUGCAGCUCAAGCAGCAGCUGAGUACCUUUCGAACCGCGCCGUUCAAAAGGGAAGCAAAGACAACAUCACUGUGAUUGUCGUGGAUCUGAAAGCUCAAAGGAAACUUAAGAGCAAGACAUGACAGUUUCUACAUCUUCCCUUGCAGCUUUUCAAUUUCUUGGAACUCACAUGCCCAUCUGUUUUUUUUAUGUGGGUGUUAUGGCUACCUACCUGUAUGUACCUUAGAACAUAUGCCAUCCUAGAACUCGUUCAUUCAUUUGAAGAGUUCUCUCGUACAUCAAAUGCCAGUGUAAAUUUUCGGCUAUUGCUUUUAGGGAAUUAGGAUAUUGUAACAGUUCCAUGCUUCGACAUUGUGAGCAGUUGUAUUCAUUUCUGCCUCCGAGUUAAAAAGAGGCUCUGUGAGGUAUUCACUUUUAUUAUUUUAA